GUACCAAAUGGAUUAAAUAACUCCCAGUCAUAUAAACACAGAAAUUUAACAUAUCUUUAUCUCUACUUCCCAGUCAUACUAUCAUCCCUGCAAGUAAUAUAUAACUCUUUCAUCAUGCUCUUCAACAACGCCAUUGUCGCCAUCGCUCUCAGCGUCGCUGUCAACGCCCUUCCCCAGACAUACCCCAAUAAGUGUGGCGACCAGGUCUGCCCUGCUGAUAAAGCCAAGUGCUGCGAGGUCAUUGUCAACGGAGUUGCUGAAAUUGGAUGCUUUGCUGAAUGCCCACCUAUUCAAGCUCUCCAGCGUCGACAGACGUACCCAAACAAAUGUGGCGACCAAGUUUGUCCUUCAGACAAGUCCAAAUGCUGCGAGGUCAUUGUCAACGGAGUUUCUGAAAUUGGAUGCUUUGAGGAAUGCCCUGCUCCACCCUCAGCCCAAGAAAAGCUUCAACGCCGCAAGCAACCUACGGCCACUACUGCAGCUUCUCCACCCAUUCCCACCUUUGGUCCUAAGUGCGGAGACUCUUUCUUCUGUCCUGUCGGCCAGAUCUGCUGCCCUAAUGCUCUCUACCACUGCGCCGACCCUGACAAGGUCAGCCAACAAUGCCCUCAGUAAUUAGCAGAUAAACGAAAAUCUGCAAACCUACUGAGCUAUUAAUCAGACCAUCAGUUCUGGCAAUAGAUUAGAGAGAUAUUAAAACACGAAGAGGGAUUGGGUUCUAUUUUAGAGUUUUAUCCCCUGUUUAGUUGUAUCUUUAGAGUUGCUAUAUGAAAGAUAGGGUAUAGAAGGGGGCUGCUAUAACUAUGAUUAGACUUCUUGCUUCCGCCGCGCUAAGGGCAUAGUUAUAUUACAGCAUACGUUCUUUAGUAAAAUUCAUUGUAUUCUUCA